UGCUUUGCUCUGCUCUUGGGAGCUCUCAUAAUCUCUUCUCCUCCUAAGAAGCUGGUGAUUGCGUGAGGACGAUGGAGCAGGGCAGGAGCUACUUGGAGGACUUCCCUCUCAACAUGUUUUCGGUCACUCCUUACACACCCAGUACCGCGGACAUCCAGGUGUCCGAUGACGACAAGGCGGGGACCACCUUACUCUUCUCAGGCAUCUUCCUGGGACUGGUGGGGAUCACGUUCACCAUCAUGGGCUGGAUCAAAUACCAAGGGGUCUCCCACUUUGAAUGGACCCAGCUCCUUGGGCCCAUUCUGCUGUCGGUUGGGGUGACAUUCAUCCUGAUUGCUGUGUGCAAGUUCAAAAUGCUUUCCUGUCAGUUGUGCAAAGAAAGUGAGGAAAGGGUCGACUCGGAGCUGACAGCAGGCGGACAAUCGUUUGUUUUCACUGGUAUCAACCAACCCAUCACCUUUCACGGGGCUACUGUGGUGCAGUAUAUCCCUCCCCCUUAUGGCUCUCAAGAGCCCAUUGGGAUGAACACCGCCUACUUGCAGCCAGUGGUGAACCCCUGUUGUCUCACACCAUCUGGAGUGGUGGCUGCUGCCACGCCAAGCCCUCCCCAGUACCAUACCAUCUACCCUGCAGAGAACGCUGCCUUUGUUGCCGACCGGGACUACCCUUCCUUCGUGGAUGGUGGAAAUGACAGGUCCAGUCCUGACACUGAGCAGCUAGAAGAGACACAGCAUGGAGAUGGGGACCCUGCCUGCUUCUCUCCUCCGCCCUAUGAGGAAGUAUUCUCCCCCUCUCGCUAGAGACUGCACUGCUGAGGGAAUGGCAUGGAAGUCCUUGUUGCUGACACCUGAAGGGCUCUAUGCUACAACCUCCUUCAGAAGUGAGAUAGCACAGCAGCCCAGGAGGCCUGAGAGAUGCCAUUCAAGGGGAGGUGGGAGGUAAAAUGUCCCAAACUGGUAAAAAUUAGACUGAGCUGAAGAAAUUACCUUCUGAUCCAGUUAGAAAUGCCCUGCUGUGUUCGGAAACAGGAAUGUGACCCAUCUAUCCAACACCCAUUCCUUUCCUCUAGGAAGGUACUGCUGUCUCAAUUUUAACUCCAGCAGCCAAGGGCAAAAUCACUACUGCUAUGACUUUGGAAGUUCCCAUAGUCCGGAGAGUGGGGGUGGGAGGAAGCAGGGAAGAGAAAACAGGUUCCGCUGCAGCUUCCCCAGUGCCCGUUCUCAGUUCCCAAAGUAGAUUUGCACAUCCCAAACAACUCGGCUGCUGACAUGUGGCCCCUGAGGAUUCUAGGUAUCUUAAAGGCUACAUAAACAGACCAACAAACAAGCAAAUAAAUAAAUGCAAUAAAGUAAAAUCAAGAAUAGCUCCUGUUGGAAUGUUCGGUGGCUAAACCAUACAAAAUAAAUAAUAAUAGGAUAAUGAUGUCAUCAAACCUUUAAGUUAUCAUUAGGUCAUAGUGACUUGACUGUUGAUGUUCUUGCUGGCAAGGCUGAAGCUUGAGGCGUCCACCCCAGACUGACGUCUGGGCUGGGCAAGAACUGCCUGGACCCAGCAGCCCACACAAGCCUGGGGCUUCUCCAAGUGCCCAUAGAAGAGUCCUGUGAAAUCAGACAGAACAGACCUGCCACGUCAACGCCUGGGAACCACAAAUCAUGGAAACAGUCUCUGUGGCCAAGACAAGCUCACUCUCUUUAUUAAAAACAAACAAACAAACAAAAAACCUUGGUGCCCUUUAUUUCCCUGAAUCUGGACUAUAUAGCACACAUCUACAACAGACUUGCAGACUUGGUUAAAAUCAUCAGGUUUUAAAGGAAAAUAGUUUUUGUAGGUUACAAAGGCAAGGUCACACAAGGCUACUGAGGAAGGCUCACCCAAAGCCAGACAGGGUUAAGCAAUUCUUUAAAGGUUUGGUGCCAUGUUGACAUAUGCAGUGACUUCUAUUAAUCUUUAUCACAAAUAUCUAGUUUUCCAAGGAUAUGAUUAAUGUACACUUGGUGUAUUACUGUGAUUUGUAUUAUACCUCAGGAACAAAAUCUUUUCAUACAAGAGUUCAUUUUCAUGUUUGACAGUGGAAGUAGUGAGAUGGAAAAACAGAAUUAGUUCACAGAAACUAGCUUCAUCCUCAACAUAUUCAUGGAAUGCUGGGUCCCUAGCUGGGGGCCAUUGGCUCUGGGCAGGAAGUUGGGUGACAGGCACACGGUUGAGCAUGGCCAGGGGUGUGCCACCAGUAGGACAGGUGGAGCCCUGCACGCUGGCCUCCCUCACCCCUUUCCUUCCUCAUCCUCACCCACCCUACAGCUUUACAUCCCUGAGCUUGGGUUUGGCAUAAAGGGAUGCUCAAGUUGGAGACGAUUUAGGAAAGGGCGUCUCCAUGUAGAAGCUGGGAGAGCUGAUCUGUCUGCACGAUGCCAGGGGUCCCACAGGCCAGGAAGUGCCCUGGGAGUUUUUACCUCCAGGCAGUGGCAACUAACUGCCCCGGUUCUAAGACAGUGAAAAAGUGCUAACCAUAGGGGUAAAUGAUGCUUUUGAAGACAGCACAGUCAGAGCUAACAGCUUCCAGAGCUCAAGAUGGGAGGCGAGCCUGCCACAAUCACAGGCUCAGAAGACGGAGAUCUGUUCAUUCAGCCAAUAUUUACUGAUUGAGCAUCUGCUCUGUGUCAGGACUGGGGCAUCAAAUGGGGAUGGAGAGGUGAAAAACCAAAGCAACAGAAGAACAGAUACGGCUCUGCCCUUGCAGAACUUCUGGUAUAGUGUGGGCGACAGAUACCAAUGGAUUAUUCUCUGUGACGCAGAAGCUGCCCCCAAGCUGCUCUUGCAGGUGCAGUGAGCACCCCCCUCCCACACUGCACCACAGUGCAGUGCCAGUGGGUGCCAGUUACACCCAUCUCCCUGCCUCCAAACAGGCACAGGUUUUAAUGUUGUUAAAACACACUGGCCAAGUUACCCCGUUACACCCUCUCAGCACCUUAUUGGGAUGAAUGGAGAACUGUGACCUGGGAUCAUGAAUUGGAGCUGGUCCAGCCCAGCCGCACUAUCCACCCCGAGAGAAGUGGUGUCAGAGGGAGCCUGCCUUUGCUGCUGUGCUCAAAGGCUCAGAGUCCAGGCCAGAGCCCACAGGGCCGUCAGCCUCGUCAGACACUUUGGUACGUGUUUGCAGAGCAACUGGGGAGCCACUACGAUGUUUUAAUACCACUGUGACCCGAUUCUGAACGCUCACUGGUAGGGUGAGAGCCAGAGGUACACAGGGUGUAAUGCUGAUCUUGCCGGCAAAGCUCAGAUCUAAGUGCGCAGAAAACCAGGAGACGUCCCUGUCUUCCACCUUAGUCGUCACAGGGCUGUGCGGGCAGGCAUGUUUUAGUGACAUUCCAAAUGUGGAAUUCAAAAUGAAGCUAGAAGAUUUUGUUAAUCCCAGAGAUGUCUCUUAAGAACCUGAGGCUCUCUGGACACGUCUCCUGUGAGCCCCUCAGGGCCCCUUUCGGUUGGAAAGACCGAAGACAAUUGACAACCUGGAUGGGACGGGGAAGGCUCAUCCAGGCCUGGGAAGUGAGGCCCAGACACCAGGGGGAAGAGGCUUUCACAAAGCUUUUGGGACUUCUUUCUCCCUCCCCCACUGGCCAAGGGGCCUGUCUCUUGUGCAGGGUGGACCUGCACUCGCUCCCUUGGGCAGAGCUCUGGGUGGUGUCUCUCAGGGGUGGAGAGUUCUAGAGACUGCGGUCGCCUUCUCUUUUGGUCCACUGAGCCAGGCCCUGAAUUUCAAGUGCACUUAGGGGCUCUCUGCUAUGGAGCCAGGCCUUCAAAUGCUCCCCCUACUUUUUGUGGGGUGGAAU